AUGUCGACGACCAAUUCCUGGAGCAAGUUUAAAGCCAAAGUGCUGCGGCGAUCGUCAACUGUCAAGGCGGCCACUGGAGCGGAACCUUUCCUCGUGCCAAAUUCCAGUACCGCCAACUCCAACUCCUUAUCGCCAGUGCCUUUGCGCUCUCCCCUCACAUCCGACAAGGGCUUCGCUCAACCCCGUUCGUAUAAUUCUGUCUCUUCGCUGUCUACUGCUCAGCGUUCAACCUCGGACGAUACCUCCGCUCCCCCCGCGAGUCCAUCGGCAGAACGGGGGCGGUAUUACGGUUCCGUUGACGAAGGCUCGGUAGGGAAAUCACAUUUUCCUCGGGAAGAAGAACCAUCACGACUACGCAGGAAGACCCGAGCUCUAGGGCCAUUGAAUCAAAAUCCCCUAGCUCCCACCUCAGGGCCACAGGAGCGACAACUUCUCGAGUCGAAUCUCGAUCGCUUCUGCGCUGUAACCGACCGUCAUAGCUUGCCCCCGGACUUUCUUAAGUCCCCACCACGGUUGAUUGGUUCGAACGAGCUACUACAACAGUUACCUUUUGCUUCAACAGCGACCCCGCCUCUGCCGACUUCGGGCAGUGGAGCGUCUCAGGCUGCGUACAACCAAGGGCGGGACCGUACAGGGUCUACGGUCGGCGAACCCCAGUUACCUACGCCCCUGACUGCUGUUGCGGAGAAACCUUCCGCUACACCCCAUAGCCAAGCACCUAUCUCCAGUACCGUUUCAAUCCCAAAACGUCCUAGUCUCGGCUCGCGUCGUCAAUCGCUUUUUGCCCCGUCUCACCAGCACUUGAUUAGCGAUCUACUCGAGCAGCCGAGAACCUCCCUAGAAAACGACGGUAGUAGCCGCCUUGCCACCGGUACUGCUGGGAUGCAACAACGCAAGAUCUGGGUUAGACGGCCAGGGGGCUCGGCCACUUUGGUGCCGACCGCACAUGAUGCUCUUGUUGACGAGCUACGCGAUCAGGUAAUCAUGAAAUACGCCAACUCGCUGGGAAAGACGUUCGACGCACCUGAUAUCGUCGUUCGCAUCGCUGCUCGGGAAGGGCCGAACAAACAGGAAACCCCGGAUCGGAUGCUAAGUCCAGAAGAGCCAUUGGUCACAGUGGUGGACUCUUAUUUUCCAGGCGGCCAAACGAUAGAGGAGGCCCUGAUUAUCGACAUACCGCCACGACGGACGCCGAAACCGUCACCGCGUCAUUCGAUCUACUAUGAGCAAACUGAACCGGGCGAACACAACGAAUAUUUCCCUCUCAUGCCGAUCCAUCCCAAUAUUCCGACCCCGCCAGCCCAUGCAUCCAAUUCUUCGGGAAGUGUCAGUGCCCAUCCAGCCCCGUCUAUAAGUAUCCUCACGACCGGGAUGGCACCGCCAUUACCUUCUCCAGGGAGCCGGGGCAAUCGCCAUACCCGCCGGCCUCCUCUUACUCGGCACACUACAAAUUCGCCCACCGUAUUAGGGCAAUCAGCCAGCUCGAAGGAUGCUGGGGCCCAACAGACUGCCAUACCUCCGCAGCCAGCUCCACAAGUCCCUACUCCACCUGUCCCGCCUCCGGAAUCACCUCAGAAUAAAUCGAUGACCCCUCCUGCACGCGGGGCAUCACCUCGCCCUCGUCAGUCGGCAAAACCCAAAAAGAGCCCUGCGCAGUCAUUGAGUGCAGCGUUCGGAGGACUCAUCGAGGGCACUGUGCCACCAAUCAAUGUUCUCAUCGUUGAAGAUAACGUCAUUAACCAGAGGUUGUUAGAGGCAUUCAUGAAGCGUCUUAGCGUGCGCUGGAAAUGCGCCGCAAAUGGUGAAGAAGCGGUCAAGAGGUGGCGGGAAGGGGGCUUUCACCUUGUCUUGAUGGAUAUCCAAUUGCCCGUUAUGAACGGCUUAGAUGCGACAAAAGAAAUUCGCCGGCUUGAGCGGUUGAACGGCAUAGGUGUUUUCCCCAAGACGGCGUCCGGACGGUCAAGCGCUGCAAGUGCCACCGCAAUGGCCCCACCGGAAAUAGACCCCGAAACCCAUGAUUCUCUGAAAGAGGAGGACGUAUUGCAUGACCUUUCGUUGUUCAAAAGUCCCGUCAUCAUUGUCGCGUUAACUGCCAGCAGUCUGCAAAGUGACCGACAUGAAGCAUUGGCUGCAGGCUGCAAUGACUUCUUGACCAAGCCUGUGCGUUUCGAAUGGCUGGAGCAGAAGGUGACAGAAUGGGGAUGCAUGCAGGCUCUGAUUGACUUUGAAGGCUGGCGCAAAUGGCGAGGAUAUGCGACUGAUAACCAGUCAUCAGCGACACCUACACAUGCACAAUUGGAAAACGGACGUAUGACAAAUAAAUCUUCUGCCUUGCCGGAUUCAUCUUUCCAAGACACGGCAUCCCAGUUUUUGCAUCUUCCCAAACCAUCGGAUCUCUUGCCAGAAGACUCUUCUGGAGGGGAAGCACCUGACUCUCCUGCAAGCCCGUUGACUACUGUGCCUGUUAAGGAGACUUCGAGUCACCACGACGCGGCUCCGGAUGCCAUUUGA